AUGAGCUCUCAAGCCUCACAUAAACAUAUUUUUAUGCCCCAUAAGGAUGUGCAGACAACACCUGUCUGCAUAUUGUGCUUUUUGUUUCGCAACUUUUGUUGUCUGAUUUUAGGAGUGGAGAUAGUAGCAAGAAGACUGUACAAUAGCUUAUGUGUACCUCCCGAUGGUACCGAUCGUCGCCGCAUUUAUGUAAAGUUUACUAUUAUAGAGCAUACAAGUGCUAGCCGCUUACUUCCGAAUGCCACAUCCGAGAAACUUAAACCCUCAGACCGGAUGUGGCUAUUAUUUUGGCCGUUGAAAAACGGAAACUAUCCAAAGAGAAUAGUAAGGCGAAUAAGGAAAAUAAACAUUAGCGAGCAAAACAUUUAG